GCGAUGAGUCACGACUCGAGAUGAGGAGACAUAAAAAGAAUGAGUUCGGAAACCCUAUGGCAAUGUCUACUCCAGUCGUUUGUCUUUGUCAGUGAGAUUCCUUGACUGUUAACUUGGACCCUUCACUUCCUUGCACAUGAACAACCUACUGCGUACCUGUCAUGGAGCAUAUUAAGCAGUCCUUCGCGAAGGCGAAGCAUCAGAACUGUGCUGCUCUGGGGGCCUAUGUUACCGCUGGGUAUCCGACAGUCGAAGAGACCCCAGAUAUUCUACUCAGUCUCGAAAGCAGCGGUGCAGACAUGAUUGAGCUGGGCAUGCCGUUUUCUGACCCCAUUGCGGACGGCCCGAUCAUCCAAGAGGCCAAUAUGAUCGCUCUCGCCAAUGGUGUCACCAUCUCCGGGGUAUUGGACAUGGUGCGAGAAGCAAGACGACGGGGACUAAAGAUACCCGUUCUGCUCAUGGGGUACUAUAAUCCAGUCAUUCGCUACGGCGAGGAGAAGUUGCUGCACGACUGCAAGCAGGCGGGCGUUCAUGGGUUCGUCCUGGUGGACCUCCCCAUUGAGGAAGCCGUUCGGUUCAGAAGACUCUCUGCCACGCAUGGGCUUUCUUAUAUCCCCCUCAUUGCUCCCUCUACGUCUAUUUCUCGCAUGAAAGCCCUAUGCAGCAUAGCCGAUUCGUUUAUCUAUGCUGUUUCGAGGAUGGGUGUGACUGGUGCCUCCCAGUCACUAAGCGCCAACCUUCCUGAUUUUCUUGACCGCAUCCACACGUAUGCCCGCGACACACCGAUUGCUCUCGGCUUUGGCAUCAGUACACGAGAACACUUUCUAUCCGUACAAGCCUUGACUGAAGGCUGUAUCAUUGGCAGUCAGAUCAUCAGUACCAUCGGCGCUGCGCCACCCGGUCGCGCUGCUGAAUACGUCGGGAAGUACCUAUCUGGUAUCACCGGGCGGAAGCUCGAGCGUGAUGAGCACGUGAUGACUUCAGAGGGUUCGCAUUCGGACACCACGGACCCCACAGCCGAGCAGGAUCCCGUUGCAUCCACACGAUUUGGAGAAUUUGGUGGCCAAUACGUGUCCGAAUCGUUGAUGGGCUGUUUAUCCGAAUUAGACCGGGCCUUUGAAUCGGUACGGCAAGAUCCGGCCUUCUGGGAAGAAUACCGCUCCUAUUAUCCUUAUAUGGGUCGGCCGAGUGGAUUGUACUUUGCUCAACAUCUUACUGAAAAGACUGGUGGUGCGAAUAUCUGGAUCAAACGGGAAGAUCUCAAUCACACCGGGAGCCACAAGAUCAAUAAUGCCCUGGGACAGAUCCUACUGGCUCGACGACUGGGAAAGACACGAAUUAUCGCCGAAACGGGCGCGGGCCAGCACGGCGUGGCCACUGCGACGGUCUGCGCCAGAUUCGGAAUGGAAUGUGUUGUCUACAUGGGCGCCGAGGAUGUUCGUCGUCAAGCGCUGAAUGUGUUCCGGAUGAAGCUUCUCAGUGCUAAAGUAGUACCAGUGACAUCUGGUAGUCGUACCUUGCGUGAUGCAGUGAAUGAAGCAUUGCGUGCGUGGGUCAAAGAUGUUGAAACCACCCAUUAUAUUCUCGGUUCGGUUGUUGGCCCUCACCCUUUCCCUACUAUCGUGCGCACCUUCCAGUCCAUCAUUGGGCAGGAAACGAAAGAACAGAUGCGACAGGCUAUUGGAAAACUUCCUGACGCUGUUGUGGCCUGUGUCGGGGGAGGCAGCAAUGCAUCAGGAAUGUUCUAUCCUUUCAUAGACGAGCCAAAUGUCCAGAUGCUGGGUGUGGAAGCCGGUGGCGAUGGCCUAGAUACCUCACGCCAUUCAGCAACCCUCUCCGGUGGCAGUAAGGGAGUCCUUCAUGGAGUAUACACCUAUCUCUUACAGGACGAACAUGGGCAGAUUUCGGAGACACACUCUGUCUUGGCUGGUAUGGACUACCCAGCUGUAGGACCCGAACUCAGCUCCUGGAAAGACAGUGGGAGGGCCCGAUUUAUUGCAGCCACCGAUUCCCAGGCCCUGGCUGGCUUCCGCGCUCUGGCAAUGUACGAAGGUAUCAUUCCCGCGCUAGAGUCCUCUCACGCUGUCUAUGGUGCUAUUGAAUUUGCCAAGACAAUGAAGAAAGGCGAACAGGACAUUGUCCUCAACCUUAGCGGACGAGGUGACAAGGAUGUCAACACUGUUGCUGAGAUCCUGCCUCGUCUGGGACCUGAGAUCGGGUGGGAUUUACGGUUUUGAUGUUUGAUGCUGUGGUUUGGGUCAGUGGGUGUACCAAGUAGAUUUGGAUAAGACUUGGAUAGAUCGUACGGGUGUUCUUACUUGCAUAGAGGGUAGGGUUUAGCGGACAUUUUAUCAUACAGAGUAAUCAUGUUGGAGAUGCUAUUCCUAGCCUACAGAAGUAUACUACCAUAUCCACU